AUGUUCCUUAGAAUGGAGCCAGUUCCGAAACUUCUAGCCGGACUUCUUCUGCUGACUCUGUGUGUAGUGGGCUGCUCCAGCCAACACUGGUCCUAUGGAUUGCGCCCUGGAGGAAAGAGAAAUGCUGAAAAUGUGAUUGAUUCUUUCCAAGAGAUGGCCAAAGAGGUUGCUCGACUAGCAGAACCGCAGCGCUUUGAGUGCACCGCUCACCAGCCCCGUUCUCCCCUCAGAGACCUGAAAGGAGCUCUGGUGAGUGACAGCGUUCAUAACAUGGGGUUUUCGAGAUGGGCGGGCCUGGGUACCACUUCUUGGGCUGUCACUUGGAACAACCACCUCUCAGCCACGGCAGGGCUUACUUUCCUCGUUGCCUGAAUUCCUCCUGUGC